CCAUCAAGACAAGGGCAAUACUCCGUUGUUUGUGUUUUGUACGUGGGUAGACUGGAAGAGGGUUCUUGCUCUAAAACCCUAAUCCUCAGCCAUCACGACCAUCUUGUGCCGGAAUUCGACGGGUCCAUUCAAUAAUGAAACGACCUAAGUCAAGGAAAUUCAAUCUCCGGAAACGCCAUUCGGAGGUUGAAGAAAUCGAGUUACUUGAAUCCUGGAUCGCUUCGGGCAAACCGGACGCGGGUUCCAACCCCCUAUCUCUGCCUCCGCCGCCGAAAAACUCCCGAAUCGGUAAACUUUCCGAUGGGUCAUUUUCUCCGUACUCCAGUGCCGUUAAAUUCAUCCAAUUGCCGCUGUCAAAGAAAACGAAGGAUGGUUUAGCAGCCGCCGGCUAUUCUAAGAUGACUGAUAUUCAGAGGGCUUCGCUCCCGCAUUCGCUCUGCGGUCGAGAUAUCCUCGGUGCAGCGAAGACUGGGUCUGGCAAGACGCUGGCUUUUAUUGUCCCUGUCUUAGAAAAGCUAUUCCGUGCUAGAUGGGGUUCGGAGGAUGGGGUUGGAUGCAUCAUUAUUUCUCCUACAAGGGAAUUAGGUGGUCAGCUUUUUGAUGUAUUGAAAUCUGUUGGGCGAUACCAUGGUUUUAGCGCGGGACUGUUGAUUGGUGGUCGCAAAGAUGUCGAUACAGAGAAGGAGCGUGUAAAUAAUUUGAAUAUAUUGGUUUGCACUCCGGGCCGUCUUCUUCACCACAUGGAUGAAACCCCAAAUUUUGAUUGUCCACAGCUACAGGUCUUGGUUCUUGAUGAGGCAGAUCGUAUUCUUGACGAGGGAUUUAAGAAACAAGUGAAUGCAAUAAUAUCUCAGUUACCCAAAUAUAGACAAACCUUCCUAUUUUCAGCAACCCAAACUAAGUCUGUUCAAGAUCUUGCUAGACUUAGCUUGAAAGAUCCCGAGUACAUUAGUGUGGAUGAAGAAUCUGAAACUGCUACUCCCAGUCGUUUAAAGCAGACAGCUAUUGUUGUUCCUCUCGACCAAAAAUUGGACAUGUUGUGGAGUUUUAUAAAGACACAUCUUAAAUCGAGGAUACUUGUCUUCCUCUCAAGCUGCAAACAGGUGAAAUUUGUUUUUGAGGCAUUCAAGAAGCUCCGACCUGGGAUCCCUCUGAAGUGUCUGCAUGGAAGGAUGAAGCAGGACAAGCGCACUGGAAUAUAUUCCCAAUUUUGUGAGCAGCAUUCCGUUCUGUUCUGUACUGAUGUUGCAGCUAGGGGCCUUGAUUUCAAUCAGGCAGUUGAUUGGGUUGUCCAGGCAGAUUGCCCAGAUGAUGUUGCUUCCUACAUUCACCGAGUGGGGCGCACUGCACGGUAUUGCUCUGGUGGGAACUCUGUUCUAUUUGUCACACCCUCAGAGACAAAGAUGAUCGACAAAUUAAAAGAAAAGAAGAUCCCUAUUGAGUGUGUGAAGGUAAAAGCAAAGUUAUUGCAACCAGUUUCUGGACUGAUGGCGGCUUUAUUAGCCAAGUACCCCAAUUUGCAGCAACUGGCUCAGAGAGCCUUCAUCACAUAUUUGAGAUCUGUCCAUAAACAACGCGACAAGGAAGUUUUUGAUGUUUCACAACUUCCAAUUGAUGAAUAUUCUGCAUCAUUAGGCCUACCCAUGACACCCAAGGUCCGAUUUUUGAAACAAAAAACAAAGGACAAGAAAGUGUCUGAACAAAUGGUCAUUGUUCCUAUUAGUGCUGUGGAAAGUCCCUCUAAUCCUCAACAAGGAAGUAUGGUUCCCGGCAGUUCCAAGGAAGAUGACUCAAAGCUGGAGGAGGGUUUUCUAGCAGAAAGGGAACCUCUGCUUGUCGGGGAAGAAAAUGUGACUAACACUAAAGAUUCUAUGCCUGUUACGAGGGUUUUAAAGAAAAAGAAAUUGAAGAUUAAUGUUCAUAGACCCGUGGGAACAAGAGUCGUAUUUGAUGAGGAGGGCAAUACCUUACCCCCGCUAGCAAAACUUGCCGACACUAAGAUGGAUGCUGAUUCUGUUAAGCUAGACAAGGACAAAGUAAGUCAAAGGUACGCUGAGCUGAGGGAGGCGAUGAAAGUGGCUGACAAGGAGGAUAAGGCCUUGGCCAAAGAGAGGCUCAAAGAGAAACGUCGAAAGGAAAAGAUGAAGCGAAAGAGAAGCAGAGAUGAGGAUAAGGAGGAGAGUGGAUUAAGCGAAGAGGAUCAGUCCGACAUGGAUAAUGAGGCGAACACUGGUAAUUCCAAUAAAAAGCAAAAGGUCUAUUUUGACAGUGACAAUGAAGACGAUGGCAGAGAUAAGAUCAAAAUGAAGGAUAAGAUCACCCUGCGGGAGCAAGAAGAGCUGGCACUUAAACUCUUGAGUUCAAUGCAUUCAUAGUUAAGUGUUUAUUUGGUUCAGAGCAAUUUUUGUUUGUUUGAGGAUGAAAUUUUCUACAUUUUUAAUUGUCUCUGGGCUUAGGAGUUGGCAUCCCUUAUGCGACAACACCUGUGUGUGUGUUCAAUUAAUGAACACGCCACGCCCGUGUUUGCUCAAUGAGCAGGGCAACGACUAUGACCGUAUUCUUUUAUUAGAUUCAAACACAACUGUGCGUUUGUGUUAGACUUCGAUUACAAAGUCAACUCGUG